CUGCGACAACGCGCAACGCGCUGAAAAACAUGUGCGAAGAGAAUUUCGCCGACAAAGUUACGAAGCUGUGCUUCGCGAAGUACGAUUGCUUACCGAAGACGGGAAAACCAGCCAGGACAUCUGAAUGGACUCUGCUAGCUGCUAUCGUCUCGGAGGACACCGAACGAGGCACCAUGCGGGUAGUGUCGCUUGCGACCGGCACCAAAAGUAUUCCCACUGCAGAGGUGUCCAAACUAGGAAAUCAAGUGAUUGACAGCCACGCCGAAGUCUUAGCACGUAGGGGCUUUAUAAGGUAUGUCUAUUCAGAACUGUGCAAAGUGGUCCAAGGUAAAACAUCUGCCAUCUUGACUCCUGUCAGCCACACCGAUCGGUUCGCAUGUCAGAUGAAAUGUGGCGUACGGCUGCAUUUGUUUUCAAGCCACACACCUUGUGGAGAUGCGUCCAUCUUUCCAAAGGAAGUCUUGGAUCAGUCGGACGGCAGCGAGGCGCCGGAAGAAGGGCCGACGCCAGCAAAGCGAAAAAAGACAACUUUCUCCGACAUCUACAGGACAGGAGCCAAAUGUGUUUCUGGCGGGCCGCAGGACGCCAAGUGUGCCGGCCCGCAGUACCACACGGUCGGAAUCCUCAGGAGCAAGCCGGGGAGGGGGGACGUGUCCCUCUCAAUGUCCUGCAGCGACAAAAUGGCCAGGUGGGGCUUCUGCGGGAUCCAGGGCGCACUGUUGUCUCAUUUCCUGCGGAACCCCGUCCGACUGUCGUCCGUCGUAGUUGCGGGGUGUCCUUACAGCAAGGAAGCACUGCUCAGAGCGAUCCACGGGAGGCUGCCGGCUGUUUUGAAAGCACCCGAACCACCUGAGCUUCAUUACAGCUCGCUGGUCUUUACACACUCCAAGCAAAUGACAAGUGGGCAUCCUGUAAUUCCAUGCGCUUCAAGUAUCAUAUGGUGGGACGGAGAAAAAACGCCUUUCAUUGGCGUCAAUGGCUACAAGCAAGGAGUGACCCGGAAAAACAUUGAAAGACCAGUUGCAAGGAGAACCUUGCAAAAUAUUUGUUUAGUUCCUAAUUUCUUCAAAGUGCCCUUGUUUUAUGUGAAGCAAUUUUUCCUAGUCCCUUUGAGUUUCACUUAA